AUGACCGUUGAUGAUAUUAAAAAUUUUCAAUGUUGUAACCAUUCUGAUAUUCUUGCUAUUCCCCCACCAAUUUCUUCAUCAAAACCUGUCUUACAACAAUAUUUUGAGUGUGAAAUUUGUAAAGUUUUAUAUAAAACAAAAAGAGGUUUAACCCGCCACCAAAAUAUUGUUCAAAAAUAUAAUAUUCGUCGCGAAGGAUUAUAUAUAUUACCUUGUGAAGCAAUAGAUCAAUUCAAAGCUGACCUCGUUCAUAUCAUAGGAAGCAAGCUUAAAGAACAUUUCAAGCAGUCUGGCAAACAAUCUCUUUCUUUUCCAUGCUUAGAAAGUUUAUUUUUUAGAGUUUUUGAAGAGUAUAUUCACUAUUUUAACUACAAAAGUGGUAGUUACAAGUAUUUUUUUCAAGGUCCAGACGCGUAUACACAGCUAGCAACCCUUCUUAACAAUCAGAAUUGGGGGCGUAAAUAUUUUGAUAACAACCAACAAACCUUUGUUUUAUUAUUUAAUGGACAAGCUGAAGAAAAGGUUAAUUGUAAUUUAUUUGAAGAGCAAAUUUUAAAAUAUAGAAAAAAGCGGUCUAAUUUACCUAAGUUAACAGUGGAGUGGAAAACGAAAAGUAAAAGGGACGCGAAAGACAAUCAAACUUCAGCCGGAUAUAUACAUCUAAGCUUUUAUACACAGCAAAUUUAA